AUGGAGAAAAUCAUCUGCGACUUCUACUCUGAUCUCUUCGACAGCCAUGUCCACUUGCCUCCUCACCAUCUGAGGGAAGACGGACAAGUCAUUCCAGAGAUUCUCUCGUCCGAAAUACGACAUGCUAUCAUGUCGGUAAGAAAUCGUACGGCACCCGGUCCCGACAGAAUAAGACCAGAACACCUGAAGAGCCUACCGCCAGUACUCAUCAACACCCUGGCGAGGCUCUUUACACGUUAUCUGUCGGAAUGCAAGGUCUUGGAUGAAGGACAGCCAUGCGAGCAAGCAGGGUUUCGAAAAGGAUUCAGCACGAUUGACCGCAUUCACACUGUUUCGAAACUCAUCGAGGUAUCACGAGAGUACAAGAUGUCGCUCUGUCUCACCUUCAUCGACUUAAAGAAGGCCUUUGACUCGGUUGAGACGGAAGCGGUCGUGGAAGCCCUGGACAACCAAGGCGUCCCUACUCAGUACAUAAAGGUACUUCGAGAGUUGUACAGUAACUUCACGACCGGAAUUUCGCCAUUCUACAAGAACAUCAUCAGUGACGUGAAGAGGGGGAUCCGACAGGGUGAUACAAUUUCACCCAAAAUAUUCACAGCCACCCUCGAGAACGCAAUGCGAAAGUUGGAAUGGGACGACAUGGGAGUGAAGGUUGAUGGUCGGCAGCUGCCCCAUUUGCGCUUUGCUGAUGACAUCGUACUGAUAACACCUAGCAUCAGCCAAGCGGAACGAAUGCUGAUUGAAUUCGAUGAAACAUGUGGAUGCAUCGGUCUUCAGCUGAAUCUAUACAAGACGAUGUUCAUGCGGAACGGAUGGGUCUCGGAUGCCCCAUUCACGCUCAAGGGAACGAAUAUAUCCGAAUGCACCAGCUACGUUUAUCUGGGUCGGGAAUUGAACAUGAUGAACGACCUGACUCCCGAGCUGGGCGGAAGGAGGCGAGCGGCUUGGGGAGCGUACAAGAGUAUCGAGGAUGUAGUGAAGAAGACCAGGAACACCCGGCUCCGUGCUCACCUCUUCAACAUCACCGUACUUCCUGCUUUGACCUAUGCUUCGGAAACCUGGGCAUUUCGCAAGCAGGAAGAAAAUGCGGUGAGCGUCAUUGAACGCGCAAUUGAGAGAGUGAUGCUAGGAGUAUCUCGUUUCACGCAAGUGAGGGACGGGAUUCGAAGUUCUCUCCUACGUCAACGAUCGAAGAUUAGAGACGCCGCCGCGUUUGCCACGGAAAUUAAAAUAAGGUGGGCCGGACACGUGAUGCGCUUUAAUGACAACAGUUGGACCAAAGCCGUGAGCGACUGGGUUCCCCGCGAUAUUAAGCGCACUACAGGAAGACCGAAGACCCGAUGGUCAGAUUUCUUCACGAAGUCCUCCAAAGAAAAAUAUGAUGCUCUUCGUGUUCCAUGCGAAAGGAAGAACCAUUGGGCUACUCUGGCACGAGAUCAGGACAAAUGGAAGGAUUACUGGCGCCCGCUCGACCAGUUCGAAGAUCAACGGGAGUCAAGGUGA